ACUGUAAUAUCUCUGCUCAGUGCACAAGGUUCAUUUCGCUUCACGCUUUUCGGUGUUUCUUCAUCGUUGUUAAUCUUCCACCAUGGACCGCCUCUCUCUUCUGUAUCUCCUCCUCCUAACGUCGCUCCUUUCGUCGGCGGUCGCCACCGUCGACUCUUUGGAUGAGGAUCCGUUGAUCCGCGAAGUCGUAGAUGAUGCGGAGGACCACCUGCUCAACGCCGAGCACCAUUUCACCCUCUUCAAAUCGAAGUACGGGAAAACAUACGCUUCUCAGGAGGAGCACGAUUUCCGCUUCAGAAUCUUCAAGGCUAACCUACGACGAGCUAAGCGCCAUCAGCUCCUGGACCCAAGCGCCGUCCACGGAGUCACUAAGUUCUCCGAUUUAACACCAUCGGAGUUCCGCCGUCAGUUUCUCGGCUUGAAAAAGCUCCAUCUUCCAUCCGAUGCUCAAAAGGCUCCCAUUCUCCCGACCAACAACCUUCCCACGGACUUCGAUUGGCGCGAUCAUGGGGCUGUCACGGCCGUUAAAGACCAGGGGUCAUGUGGGUCGUGCUGGUCGUUUAGUACGACUGGAGCGUUGGAGGGAGCUCAUUACUUGGAGACAGGGGAGCUUGUGAGCCUGAGUGAGCAGCAGCUUGUUGAUUGUGAUCACGAGUGUGAUCCAGAAGAGUAUGGUGCCUGUGAUUCAGGAUGUAACGGUGGGCUAAUGACCUCUGCUUUUGAGUACACACUGAAGGUUGGGGGACUUGAGAGAGAAGAGGACUAUCCCUAUACUGGGACUGACCGCGGUCCUUGCAAAUUUGACAAGAGUAAAAUUGUUGCUUCUGUUUCAAACUUCAGUGUUGUUUCCCUUGACGAGGAUCAAAUUGCUGCAAAUCUGGUUAAGAAUGGCCCUCUUGCUGUGGGGAUCAAUGCAGUUUUCAUGCAGACAUACAUUGGAGGAGUUUCGUGCCCAUAUAUUUGCUCAAGGCAUUUGGACCAUGGAGUUCUUCUGGUAGGAUAUGGAUCAGCCGGUUAUGCUCCAAUCCGCUUCAAGGAGAAGCCUUACUGGAUCAUUAAGAACUCCUGGGGAGAGAAGUGGGGUGAGAAUGGAUAUUACAAGAUCUGCAGGGGACGCAAUAUAUGUGGGGUAGACUCCAUGGUCUCAACUGUUGCUGCAAUGCGUACAACAGCAGACUAGAUUCUUGUCAACAUUAAAGUAAAAGAAUGUAUGUAGGACCUAAGAUUAUCUUCUCAGGUUCAUGCUGGUACUUAUUACUCUCCUAUAAAAAUUGCUCAGGGAACAACUUGAUGUCUGUAACUUGUCAUAUUAUCAUGAUUGUCUGUAAGAUAUUCGUGCCAUGGAGGAUUAUGUUCUCUCUUCCAAAUGGUUAUGUAUAAUUGGAAACACUAUUUUACAGUUUGAAUUGUAAAACAAGAAACUCUAUGUAAUUUA